AAAUUAAAAUCUCCUAACCUACAUCUCCGUCUGCACUCAUUAAUGUCAACGCGUGAUCUAUGAUCUGCGAGCAAACAUUCCGCUGAUUCGCAUGUGCCGUAUCAUUCCGAAGAAUGUCAAAUCCCCAAGCGAAAAUUCAAGAGGCAUUUCAUGUUCUGUCACAAGAGGCGAAAGAAUUGUACCUGCAAAGCAAAGUCCCAGAGAUAGAUCACGCAACAUUUACACCACUCUCUUUCUAUCGGGAAUACGUCUCCAAAAACAUACCACUAGUCAUAAGAGGAGCAGUGGAACACUGGCCUGCUGUACGCAAAUGGUCUAUACCGUAUCUUCGCGAAGCGCUCGGCGACGAGAAGAUCGUGGUCGCUGUAACACCAAACGGUUACGCAGACGCGAUAGCCAGGAAAGAUGACACCGAGGAAGAAUUUUUCGUGAUGCCUGAGGAGCGCUUACUCACGAUGUCGGAAUUUCUCGAUACACUAGAAAAUACGAGAGAGGACAGUGUAUUCUACAUACAGCAACAGAACUCAAACUUCAUAAACAGCUUUCACAAAUUGUGGUCGGAUACGAAGAUCGAGAUUCCCUGGGCCAACGAGGCGUUUGGAAAGCACCCCGACGCCGUGAACUUUUGGAUGGGAGAUAAAAGAGCUAUAACUUCCAUGCACAAAGAUCCUUAUGAAAAUAUAUAUUGCGUUCUGUCCGGCGAGAAGAACUUCACGUUACAUCCACCUACGGAUUUACCAUGGAUUCCGUACGCGAAUUAUUCGUCCGCCGUUUACAAGGAACGCGAACCUGGGAAGUGGACCAUCGAACGAAUAGUCGAUGAAACAUCUGAUCCGGAAGAAACCGCGAGUUCCACGUUGACACCGUGGAUAUGCAUAGAUCCUCUAAAUCCAGAUUACGAAACGUAUCCAGAGUAUCGUAAUGCACACACUUUAAGAGUCACGCUCAGAGCUGGAGACGUAUUGUAUUUGCCAUCUCUGUGGUUCCAUCACGUGACGCAGUCCCACGCUUGUAUAUCCAUCAAUUAUUGGUACGACAUGGAGUUCGACAUUAAAUACGCAUACUUCAAAGCCCUCGAGACAUUAUGCAAAUAAAUAACAGAUCCCGGUGCAUGCAGUAGACUAAAGAAAUUAUAUUUAUCCGUAUAUUCACUGUCUACAUGUACUAUUUCAUUGCGUUAAUAUAAUCAUGUAUUUAACUACUUGAGGACAUCUAUAUAUAUAUAUAUAUUUUUUUUUGCAAUUGAUACAUUGAUAUAAUCAAUUAAAUUAAAUGCAUAUCUGUACUGCUAUCUGUACUGCAAUCAAUAAUAUAAAGACAUCGUUAUGCAAGUAUAGCAUACGUUAUUGUUUCCACAGUGAAAUCAUCAUUUCACUGUGGCCGCACUUGACGAAACUCACUUCACGAAAGUCGAGUCAGGCCACGUCAUCGUUUCUUCCCGCGAAUACUUUCGGUAGUUGUUCUCGCGUUUUCGCCGCUGUUCCUCCGCCUGCUGUCUGAGCUUUUCUGGAUUCAUGUGCGUCGUCACCAUGUGCCUUGUUAAUGAACUCAUAAACUUGUACGUGAUUCCGCAUACGUUGCAGGAGAGAAUCUCUUCCUUUCCUCCCUGUUGCUGUUUCGCAAAAGAAAUGUGAUUUACAACUCCAUGUAUCGAAAUAAAAUAUAAAGAGGAGCUGCAGAUUA